AUGACACAGCAUAAAUGGGUUUCGAUUCCAUCCGAAGGAAUCGGUUCAAUUCCGCGUCCCGACAAUUUACUUGAAGCGACAAUUGGCUAUGAAAGUGAUGUUGUACCACGUGAAGUUCUGUAUCAAACUCAACUAAAUGCAACUGAAACUACUCUACGGGAAUUGGAUGAACUAACUCAUUCAGAAGUGCUUACUGAUGGUGAACAAACAAAACCAUCGUUUCUGACCUAUCCGAUUUAUGAGCUAAUUAAUAAAUCUUAUCGUUUUGAUGAUAAAUGUUUUAAAAUCACAUUUAGCGAUGGCCAUGUUCGAACAUUACCGCGUCUAAUUAAAGCACCAUUUCAAUAUGCAACGUAUGCUCACAAAUAUUUAGAUGUUGCCAAAAAGUUCACGAAAAAGCCGAUUAAACAAGCUAUUAUUACAGCAUCAGCAUUAUCCAUGGUCUACUUACCUACAUUAUUCAACAUGACGGCAAUUGAAAACUAUUCGAGAGAAGAAUUUCUUCAAGAUUUAUGUAAUGAAUGUGAAAAAGAUAUUCGAUUGUGCUUAACUCAUGGUGCACAUACUGUUCAAUUAGAUUUCACUGAAGCUCGUCUCUCAUUGAAGAUAGAUCCUACCGGUCACCUACUGAAAGAAUUUAUUAGCAUCAAUAAUCGGGUUUUGGAUCGUUUUACGCCGGAAGAGCAAAAAAAAAUUGGUGUUCAUGUGUGCCCAGGUGGUGAUUGUGAUUCAUAUCAUUCAUACAAAAUUGAUUAUACACUGGUAUUACCUGAUUUAUUUCAAUUACAUCUGAGAAAUUUUUAUUUACAAUUAUCAUCGGAAAAAGAUCGUGUGAAAAUAUUGAACUGUAUCAAACAAUAUAUGAAACCUCAUCAUCGAAUUUUCGUUGGUGUCAUCGAUCCCAUCAAUCCGGAAAUCGAAACUGCGCAAGCUGUACGUGAUCGAAUUUUGGAAGCUGCUCAAUAUAUACCAUUAGAACAAAUGGGAACAACAGAUGAUUGCGGUUAUUCUCCGUUUGCUGAUGACCGAUCAAGAUCAAGAAAAACAUGUUAUGAAAAAGUAAAAGCGAGAAUACAAGGUACAAAAUUAGCAGAACAAAUAUUAAAUUUUGGACGAGCUUAA